AUGGCAACAAACACUAUCGUCAUUGUUGGAGCCGGCGUCUCCGGACUCACCACCGCCUUUCUGCUAUCGCAAGACCCGACCAACUCCAUCACGGUGGCCGCCAAACACAUGCCCGGGGACUAUGACAUUGAAUACGCGUCUCCCUGGGCCGGUGCCAACUACUCUCCAAUGGGCGCAGCUGGUAGCAACCAAGCCAGAUGGGAACGAGAAACCUGGCAACCGCUGCGGGAGAUAACGGAGAAGUACCCAGAAGCCGGCAUUCACUUUCAAGACAAUGUAAUCUACAACCGCAUCAAAGAUCAAGAGACAGCGACCGGCAAGAACUUCGCUGCCCUCAUGAACGCAGAGCCGUGGUACCGCGACGUCGUCCCCAACUUCCGAUCCAUGCCUAAAGACCAGCUUCCUCCUGGCAUUGACAGCGCCCAGACCUUCACUUCCGUCUGCGUCAACACCGCAAUUUACCUCCCGUGGCUCGUGGGCCAGUGUCGCAAAAACGGAACCAUAUUCAAGCGCGCCGUCUUCAAGCACAUCACCGACGCAGCACAGGCCCACCACUCCGGACGCCAAGCAGACAUCGUGGUAAACUGCACCGGUCUUUCCUCGAAGACCCUCGGGGGCGUGCGCGAUGAGACGCUCCACCCGGGCCGCGGACAGAUCGUCGUCGUCCGCAACACGCCCGGGAAGAUGGCCGCCCUGUCCGGAACAGAUGACGGGGAAGAGGAACUGUGCUACAUGAUGACGCGCGCCGCCGGGGGCGGAACGAUUCUGGGGGGCUGCUACCAGCAGAACCAGUGGGAUCCGCUGCCGGAUCCGAAUCUCGCGGUACGGAUUAUGCGGCGCGCGAUUGCGGCGUGUCCCGAGCUCGUGGCUAAAGGCCAGGGCAUUGAGGGGCUGGACAUUAUUCGGCAUGGGGUGGGGUUGCGCCCUACACGGAAAGAUGGACCACGGGUGGAGCAGGAGUCAAUAGGAGGGGUGGCGGUGGUGCAUAAUUAUGGGCAUGGCGGGUUUGGAUAUCAGGCUUCGUUUGGCUGUGCGGCGGAGGCUGUGCAGUUGGUCCAGGACAGUCUGCGGCGGAGGGCGCAGGCGAAGUUGUAGUUGUGCUUUACGCCUAUUUGAUGCGGUAAUAGAAGCGUCUCGUAUCGACACAUCCCGGGCCCACUAGCUAAGCGACAUCGGUACUAGUAUGAUCUGUUGCUGGUGCCCAGCCAGGCUGAGAUUCCUGGGUAUAUGACUUCCUUCCUUGUCUAUCAUUUAUCGUCCAGAUACGAUGCCCCCGAGUCCACAUCAUGGGCUUCUACAAAUUCUCCUAUCUCCCAGCAGAACUGCGAAUACAAAUCUGGGAGGACAGUCUUCCGCAGAAAUUUGGCCGUCCUA